CCGCCACACAGCCACAUUCCGCUAAUCGGCCAAUCGCGCGGCGAGCCCUAACUCAACCCCACAAUCGACACUGACCAAAAAAAGUAGUUCUGCAACUUCGCGAGCUCCGACCUUUCUUGCUUGCGAAAUCUCUCUGUCCGAAACUUCCAAAGCUCUCAUCCGCUAACCCCAGCAGCAAAAGAAGAGCCGUCAAGAUGGGUCGCGUUCGCACAAAGACCGUCAAGAAGUCCGCCAAGGUCAUCAUUGAGCGGUACUACCCCAAGCUGACCCUCGACUUCGAGACCAACAAGCGUGUGUGCGAUGAGAUUGCCAUCAUCGCCUCCAAGCGGCUGCGCAACAAGAUUGCCGGCUACACGACCCACCUGAUGAAGCGCAUCCAGCGCGGCCCCGUCCGCGGCAUCUCGUUCAAGCUGCAAGAAGAGGAGCGCGAGCGCAAGGACCAAUACGUCCCCGAGGUGUCGGCCCUCGACUUCACCCAGAACUCGGAGAGCGGCCAGCUGGACGUCGACACCGAGACCAAGGACCUGCUGAAGCACCUUGGCUUCGAUUCAAUCCCCGUCAACGUCGUCCCGGUCACCCAGAACCCCGUCAUCGAGCGCGGCGGCAGGCGGUUCGGCGACCGCCCUCGUCGCGACUAAAACAUAUCCUCAAUAGAAUACUCGGCCAGGACGAAUUAUACAUCUCACGACUACAAAAUGGAACAGAUGCGGGUUAUGGGAUGGUUACAUGGGCAUGGCUACACGGCGUCUUUCUGGAAGGUAGU